AUUGAUUUUUCCACAUCAUUUGGUGCCUUGAAUCGGAUUAGAUGAAGACCCCUGAGACCCCAAGGACCGUGGACCAUUCCCCACCAGAUCCCGGGCCUCUCGAAAAGAUAAGAGACCUUUUGAAAUCCCUAUAGUGGGUUUCUGGUGGAGGACUGUCUGUAGGCUCGGGAUUUGGGAUGCAGCUCAUGGAGAAAGGAGAAGGGGAAAAUCAAACGUCAGUCACGGAAUUCAUCCUCCAGGGAUUUGGGGAUCUCCCCGAGCUGCAAACCCUUCUCUUCCUGCUGUUCCUAGUUAUCUACAUUGCAACCAUGGCUGGGAACAUCCUUAUCAUGAUGCUAGUUAUGGCUGAUCAGCACCUUCACAGCCCCAUGUACUUCUUCCUGGGGAACUUGUCCUGCUUGGAAACCUGCUACACCUCCACCAUCCUGCCCAGGGUGCUGGCCAGUCUCCUGACUGGGGACAGAACCAUUUCUGUGGAGGGCUGCAUCACACAAUUGGUUUUAUUUGGUUCUCUGGUAACUACAGAGUGUUAUCUCCUGACAGUGAUGUCUUAUGAUCGGUAUUUAGCCAUAUGCAAACCACUGCACUAUGGAGCCCUUAUGAAUGGCAGGCUGUGCCUCCAGCUAGCAGCUGGGUCUUGGAUAAGUGGAUUUCUAGCUUGUACAUUAUUCAUGUGUCUUAUGCCACAGUUAAUUUUCUGUGGUCCUAAUGAAAUUGACCAUUUCUUUUGUGAUUUCACCCUAUUGAUUCAACUCUCCUGCAGUGACACAAGCCAGAUCACACUGAUUAUUCAUAUAUUUACCUUCCUAGAUGCAGUUUCCCCUUUUCUAUUAACCCUGACAUCCUACGUGUGUAUCAUUGUGACCAUCCUUCGAAUUCCUUCCACCAGAGGGAGGCAAAAGGCCUUUUCCACCUGCUCCUCUCACCUCAUUGUGGUGGCACUUUUCUAUGGGACCAUCAUGAUUGUCUACAUGCUACCAAAAUCCAGCACCCUGAGAGCCCUGAACAAAGUGUUCUCUGUCUGCUAUACAGUCCUGACUCCCCUGGCCAAUCCGCUCAUCUACAGCCUGAGAAACAGAGAGGUCAAGGAGGCUUUGAUAAACAUUGCGAGGAGAGCUGUAACCCUUACAAAGAAUCCAAACUAG